AUGGCUGUCUCUCUGUUUAACCAAAUACUCUGUUUGUCUUUGGCAGGAGAGAUACCAGACUCUCACUCUGACGGCAGGAAGAGUCCUUCAGAGGAACCAGACCCAGAGACGCCCAAAGCAGCGAGACGACACCACUGGUCCCAGUGUAAAAAGAGUUUUAAGUGGUUAUGGAACCUGAAAAGGCAUGAUAGAACAGACACAGGAAAGAAGACUUCACAAUGUUCCCAAUGUGGGAAGAGUUUUACACGGUUAGGGAACCUGAAAAGGCAUGAGAGAAUACACACAGGAGAGAAACCUUUCCAAUGCUCCCAAUGUGGAAAGAGUUUUACACGGUUAGGGAGCUUGAAAGAACAUAAAAUAAUACACACAGGAGAGAAGCCUUUCCAAUGCUCCCGGUGUGAAAAGGGCUUUAGGUGGUUAGGGAACCUGAAAAAGCAUGAGAGAACACACACAGGAGAGAAACCGUUCCAAUGCUCCCAGUGUGGAAAGGGUUUUACACAGUUAGGGAGCUUGAAGGAGCAUGAGAGGAUACACACAGGGGAGACAUCUUACCAUUGCUCCCUGUGUGGAAAGGAUUUUACCAAGUUAAGGAACCUAAUAAAACAUACAGAAUUACACACAGGAGAGAAGCCUUUCCAAUGCUCCCAAUGUGGGAAGGGUUUUACACGGUUAGGGAAUCUGAAGGACCAUAAAAGAAUACACACAGGAGAGAAGCCUUUCCAAUGCUCCCAGUGUGGGAAGAGUUUUACACGGUUACGGAGCCUGAACGAACAUAAAUUAGUACACACAGGAGAGAAACGUUUCCAAUGUUCCCAGUGUGGAAAGGGUUUUACCCUGUUAGGGAGCCUGAAAAAGCAUGAGAGAACACACACAGGAGAAAAGCCGUUCCAAUGCUCCCAUUGUGGAAAGAGUUUUACGCAGUUAGGGAGCUUGAAGGUGCAUGAAAGGGCACACACAGGGGAGACAUCUUACCAUUGCUCUCUGUGUGGAAAGAAUUUUACCAAGUUAGGGAACCUAAAGAAACAUAAACAGUUACACACAGGAGAGAAACCUUUCCAAUGCUCCCAGUGUGGGAAGGGUUUUACACGGUUAGGGAACCUGAAGGAUCAUAAAAGAGUACACACAGGAGAGAAGCCAUUCCAAUGUUCCCAGUGUGGAAAGAAUUUUACGUGGUUAGGGAACCUGAAAAAGCAUGAGAGAACACACACAGGAGAGAAGCCUUUCCAAUGUUCCAAGUGUGGAAAUAGUUUUAAAAGGUUAGGGAGCUUGAAGGAGCAUGAAAGGAUACACACAUGGGAGACAGCUUACCAUUGCUCUCUGUGUGGAAAGAAUUUUACCAAGUUAGGGAACCUAAAAAAACAUGAAAAAUUACACACAGGAAAGAAGCCUUUCCAAUGCACCCAGUGUGGAAAGGGUUUUACACGGUUAGGGAAUCUAAAGGACCAUAAAAGAACACACACAAGAGAGAAACCUUUCAAAUGUUCCCAGUGUGGAAAGGGUUUUACCCAGAUAGGGAACCUGAAAAGGCAUGAGAAAAUACACACAGGAGAGAAGUCUUUCCAUUGUCCGCAGUGUGGAAAGGAUUUUACCCAGUUAGUGAACCUGAAAAGGCAUGAGAGAACACACACAGUCUUAACCCCAGGAGUUGGAACCAGUUCAGAAAACAGAACAGAAAACCGAGUAAGAACAAAAAAAAUGAAGAAACAGAAACCGAACCGGGAAAGAAAGUGAUCUCUACAGUUCUGGAACAGAACCGUUAUUUUAAAACUAUGGUAACCGGUUAAUAACGUUAUUUUAAAAGUAACUGUCCAGUGGAAAAUCUUAUUAACUUAAAAAAAUAUAUAUAUAUUCUGUUAACUCAUCGAAAUAGUGUUGAGACAUCCUAUACUUGUAUCUCAAACAGACUGUUUUAAAAAAAAUACUAUUUCCUCAUAGAACAUGUUAUCUCCCUGCGGAGGAUGAGCUGGCCAAUCUGUUGUUGGGGUACGACCCACACCAUUCUGUUGUUGGGGUACGACCCACACCAUUCUGUUGUUGGGAUACGACCCACACCAUUCUGUUGUUGGGGUACGACCCACACCAUUCUGUUGUUGGGAUACGACCCACACCUUUCUGUUGUUGGGAUACGACCCACAGCAUUCUGUUGUUGGGGUACGACCCAUACCGUUCUGUUGUUGGAAUACGACCCACACCGUUCUGUUGUUGGGAUACGCCCCAUACCGUUCUGUUGUUGGGAUACGCCCCAUACCGUUCUGUUGUUGGGGUACGACCCACACCGUUCUGUUGUUGGAGUACGACCCAUACCGUUCUGUUGUUGGAGUACGACCCACACCAUUCUGUUGUUGGGAUACGACUCACACCAUUCUGUUGUUGGGGUACGACCCACACCAUUCUGUUGUUGGGGUACAACCCACACCGUUCUGUUGUUGGGGUACGACCCACACCGUUCUGUUGUUGGGAUACGCCCCAUACCGUUCUGUUGUUGGGGUACGACCCACACCUUUCCAACACAGAAAAGCUGCUUUUAACAUACUUUAUUAAAAAAAAAGAUCGUAAGGAAAGUAUUUCACUCAUAUUAUAAAUAAUUAUAGGUCAUAUUUCAUAGAAAUCUGGAAACACUGGGCACUUACUUUAAGUUCCAGGCAGUUACAGGGCCUCCCGAGUGGCACAGCGGUCUAAGGCACACUGCUAGCUGUGCCACUAGAGAUCCUGGUUCUAGUCCAGGUUCCGUCUCAGUGCUAGCUGGUUCUAGUCCAGGUUCUGUCUCAGUGCUAGCUGUGUCACUAGACAUCCUGGU